AUGUUGAGUUAUCUGAUGAAAGGCUAUGCUAGCAGUUCAAGUUCUGAUGAAGAAUAAAAUAAUGAUUUAGCAAAUAAUAAAGAUGAAGACAUUGAUAUUUAUGAAACUAAAAAGCCACUAGAAAAGCAAUAAUUAUAAAAGAUUUCUCAAAAUUAAACUAAUGGAAUGCAAUGUAGAUCAAAGAAAUUUUUCAGUAUCAAAGAAACGCUAGAUAUGAUAGAGACUAAUUAAAUUGAUGCUAUUAAUCAAGGGGAUGAAGAAGAUUAGGAAACACUAAAUAAAAGAGAGUAGAAGUUGCUCUAAAAGGAAUAAAAUAUGCAGAAGGCAAUCUCAAAUAGCAUGAAAUAUGCUGGAGAGUCUUACAAUAGAGUUGCUCCUCCUAAGAUUGAAAUAAAUAUGUUGAAAGCCAAAAGAAAGCAGCCAGAGAGAGGAUACAUAGAAGAAGAGGAGGAUACAUAUUAGAUUGAAUCAAAUUAUUAUGGCAACAACAAAUAUGUUAGAAUUGAUGAUAACGAAGAAAAAAAGCUAUAAGAAAAUUAGGAUGCUACCUUGGAAGUUAAUACUAAUUAAUAAGUGAACGUAUAGCAUGAGUAAUAGGAUAAAGAAAUGAAGGAACCAGCUAAAGCUAAAGCAUUUAUCCCUGCAUCAAUGAGAAACAGACAACGUGGAGUUGAUGCUAAAGCAUAAUUAACUGAGGAAUAAGUAUGA